AAAAGUCACAACAAAAGCAAAGGGACAGCAAAAUCCAGUUUGAGCUUGAACCUGGGGCAAAAUGCAUGCCUCCAUCUACUUCUUGCUCAUGGGACUGGAGCUUUGCAACUGUUGAUUUUGGCUACAGAAACUAGGAAGAUUCUGCAAACAGUAUUGGACAGAAUUUUGUCAUUAUUAAGCCAUGGGAAACAUGAAGACAUAACACAGGUGUACAAUAACUAUCCAGAGGAUCUAGGGGCAGCUCUAUACCGAGAGCCAUUUGACUUCAACGCAGAGCCACCUUGGGAUCCUAGCUGAUAGUGGACGAGUUCAUCCCAGGACUAAUCCAUUUUGUUGCAAAGUCUAGGACCCCAGGGUGCGAGCAAGACCACUUCGAAUAAACCACGUUCUUUAUGCCUGUCGGAUUAGAAGAAAACGGUUGAGAGGAUGAAAGGAAUCACUGAUGAACCGCAGUAUGCUGUUGAUCUACUGGAGGGAGGCACAGCCCUCUGUGACGUGAUUGACAAUCACAUUUAUGAACAAACUCUGUCUGAGAAGAAUGCAUUCUUUGUAGCAGACCUGGGAGUUAUAAUGAGGCAGUAUGUUCGCUGGCGAACUCACAUGGCCCAUAUCCGACCCUACUAUGCUGUCAGAUGCAACAGCAGUCCAGCUGCUAUUGAAGUUCUUGCUGCUCUUGGUACUGGAUUCAUAUGUACCAACAAGUCUGAGCUUGAGCUGGUGCAGAGCCAUGGUAUUCCCUCUGAAGAUAUCAUCUACAGCGGUGUUUGCAAACAAGUGUCCCAGAUUAAAUACGCUGCUAAGAAUGGCAUUGACCUCCUAGUGUGUGAUAAUGAAGCCGAGCUGCGCAAGAUUUCUCGCUGCCACCCCAAUGCCAAGCUGCUGCUCCAAGUUUCAACAGAAGCAUCCAGCCAGGACGAUGAGAUGAGCAUGACAUUUGGCUCUUCCCUCAAGGAAUGCAGGCACCUGCUGGAGAAGGCUAAGGAGUUGGGUGUGCAUGUGGUUGGGGUCAGGUCUCACAUUUCCAGCUCCCGCGAGGAUGACCUUGUGUACGUUCAUGCCAUGUCUGAUGCCCGUUGUGUCUUUGAUAUGGGAGAGGAAAUUGGCUUCAACAUGAAAAUCCUUGACAUCGGAGGCGGCUUCAGUGGCUCUGAGACCCAGCUGGAACUGAUCAACAGUGCAGUCAUGUCAAUGGUGGACUUAUACUUCCCUCCUUCUACUGGAGUUUCCAUCAUUGCUGAGCCUGGCAGCUUCUUUGUGUCCUCUGCUUUCACUCUGGCUGUGAACAUCAUCUCCAAAGAGGUGGUGGCACGUGAUCGCCAGGACCGAGCACAAAAUGAUCCAUCUCCCAACGAUGAGCCAGAGUUCCAGUACUACAUGAAUGAAGGAGUGUAUGGAUCAUUUUCCAGCAAACUCUCUGAAACUCUGAUUCCUGCUCCAUCUGUUCAUAAGCAGAACACAUCCCUGGAUGCUCCAGUGUUCAGCAGCAGCCUGUGGGGUCCCUCUGCAGAUGACCUGGACCAGGUAGUGGAGCACUGUCUGUUGCCUGAGCUCAACAUCGGUGACUGGCUAAUGUUCACCCAAGCAGGGGCCUACAGUAUGGGUCAGCCGCUCUGCACCACCACUGACUCACCAGCGCCCCCUGUAUACUACGUCGUCUCCUCCAUGGACUGGUUUGAGAUGCAGGACACUGGAGUCACCCAUGAGGCUACACUGAAGAACUUCUCUUUGGUCCCUUAUUUCCCCAAUUCCUGCCAAACAGAGGCUGCUCUGUCUGUUCCAGCUUAGCAAUCAUCAGACUGGGAAGACUUUUAGCUCUCCCUUCCUGGUUUCUGCUGCAAGCUUCCUCUGGUCCACAUUCCACUGGGAUGAACUGAGCCGACUGUGCAGAUUUAGCUGGGACCAGACUGAGUUCAUUUUACAGACCCCAAUAUAAAAUAAAGUGAUUAGGCCCACCCGGAAAACCUAAGUCGAUGUUAUAAGUAUGCAACACAAUGGAUGCCUCCUAAAAGACUGAUGCAUUUUUGCCUUUGCUUUGGACUGUUUACACACAUACAGUAGACCUACAAGGAUUUAUGAUAAUAUUUGACAAUUCUGCUAUAUAUGUCUUCAUUGCUUUUGCCAGUCUUGUAAAGUCAGAGAUGUAUCCAUGAUUGAAGCAGUGUAUUUAAAUGGAAACACAGUUCUGAGAUAUUGUAGGGUGCUUUGCUACAAGAUGUGUAUUUAUGAAUUCAAUAGUUGUAUAGUUUAUUCUGUUUGACAAGAGCUUGAUUUCCUUAUAACAUUUAUAAUAUGUUGUCCUUCUUAUUGUUAUGAAAUGGAGGCUUGCAUAUGAAGGUGUAUUUACUCAUCUGUUUGAUUACGUAAAUAAAGCCAGUGUGCUCUGUGCAGUGUCACCAUGAAAUCCACUCGUGUAAUAAUGAGUAGUGCAGUCUGUUCAGGUGUGGUUGAGGAGCUGAACUGUUUCAGAGAUUUUCUAAAGUGCUGAGUAGCUUGCUCGCAGACCAGUGAAGGGCCUGCAGGUAACUGCUGUGCCACAACCUAACAGGUUUAUUAGACAGCGUGUGCUGCAGAUGGAGCGUUGGAAGUGUUGAUGGAUAACGAAUCAGCAGACAUGGAUUUGUGUCUUUAAAAAAUAAAAGCAUUUAUAAUGCUAGAACCCUUUUAUGCUAUUUUCAUCAAUAUUUCUAUUGACUUUGUUUUAAAAUAUUUUUUCAAAAUGUAGGACUGCGUUGAAAGAAUAUUAUUUCCCGAUCUUUGUUUCAGGCAUGAUCAAUUAUUGGGUAUCUGCUUGUCAACAUGAACUGUAAUAAACACCUCUGACUGGA